AUGGUAAAGCUACACUUUUCCACCGUUAUCCUUGCUGCUCUGGUAUCAAUAUCGUCGGCAGCGGCAUGGGCCCCUCUUUCCCAGCCAGCGCGGGAUUUGAGCGUCUUUGCCUCGGUCAAUGAGCGUAAACAGAAAAGGGCUGGAGGAUUUCUUGCCACCAAACGUUUCUCGACCGUCUCGGAACAGGAUGAAUCUCCCAUCACACCGUCUACCAAGCAAAAGCUGGAAGUGUUCAAGAUUCCCGCGGGUGUGAAACCAUCCUUUAAAGUUUCUGUCCCCACAGUGGCCAGCGUGUUUGCCGCCACAGUUGGUACCUAUUUUUUGAACAAUCAUCUGGCCAUGGGCCCUGUUCGAGCUUCCAGUAUUGCUGGAUUGGUUGCCACCAUGGUUCUUCCCGAAAACUUGGCUAUUGCAGCCUUUGCAGGUAGUUUUGCCGGCAUGGCCAAGGGCGCCGUCAUUCCUGGACUGGCUGGUUCAGCUGUCCUAGGAUUAGUAUGCUCUGCAGUUCUUACAACAUUUGACAACAAGAAAUGGCUGGUUGGAGUUGGGGGGCGAUUGGGUUUUAUUGCGCAAUGUGCUUGUACCGCACAAUUCCUUGUUUCCUGCCUGUUCAUGGCGCCAACCCCUCCAGCUGCCUUCAUUGGUAGAGGACCGCUAGACUUUCGAGCCUUGACACUGCAAUUGCCCAUGGUCGCUGGUUUCACUGUCAUUGGUGCCCUCUUCAUGAGACUCUGGAAAAAGGCGUUGGCAGAUAAGAGCAAGAGACUCUCCAACUCUGUGGGCGCAGUGGGUGCUACUGGGUUGAUUGCGAACUUGGCGCUUCCAGCUGCAUUGGCAGGACCUGUAUUUUGUGGUUCCUUUGUAGCCAUGGCAGCACCCACAAAGCUUCCCAAUGUCAAGAGUUUGAUCUUGGCAUCAUUUUUGGCAGGAGCUGCACAACAGAGUUUGGCGGGAGUCAUGCUAGGAGGAUGGGGAGGCAAACUUGGUACAGCCGCAUUGAUGGGAGUGCUGGCAUACACAACCUUGGCCGAAAAGGUGUUUCGCCCCAAGGAGCUGGAACGUCCAGAGGACAACAUGAUGAAUAUGAAAUAA